UCUAACGUUUUAUUCACCUCCCAUCGCUAUCGCUGACUGCAACACGUGCGCCGCGUUAGUUUUGUUUUUCCCUCAAAAUGACCAAGAAAGUAGCACUUAAACGCAGGGGAAAGGAUUCUGAGCCCACAAAUGAAGUGGCUGCCAGUUCGGAGGCAUCCGAAAACGAGGAGGAGGAGGACCUUCUGCAAGCUGUUAAAGAUCCCGGAGAAGAUUCCACAGAUGACGAGGGUAUAGACCAGGAGUAUCACUCGGAUUCCAGUGAAGAACUAGAGUUUGAAAGCGACGAGGAGGGAAACUACUUGGGCAGAAAGCAGUCCUCAUCAGCCGAAGAAGAUGAGGAAAGCAGUGGUGAAGAGGGUGGGGAAGAAGAGGAGGAGGAGGAAGAUGAUGAUGACGACUCUGAGGAUGAAAAGGAGGAAGAACCUACCAGCACAUCCAAGCAAAACAAAUCCGACGAUAAGCCGAGCAGCAGCGGUGCCGCUACUAAGAAUGUUCCCACAAAUGAGCUGCCCAAAAAGGAUUCCACGAAGCCGGAGUACGAGGAUUCAGACACAUCCGACGAGGAAGAUAUACGAAACACUGUUGGCAACAUACCCAUGCAUUGGUAUGAUGAGUACAAGCAUAUAGGCUACGAUUGGGAUGCCAAGAAGAUCAUAAAACCACCGCAGGGUGAUCAAAUUGAUGAGUUCCUGCGCAAGAUCGAAGACCCUGACUUUUGGCGCACUGUGAAAGAUCCAUUAACCGGUCAGGAUGUGCGUCUAACAGAUGAGGAUAUUGCCCUUAUCAAACGCAUCGUUUCGGGUCGCAUUCCUAACAAGGAUCACCAGGAAUACGAACCCUGGAUCGAGUGGUUCACAUCAGAGGUGGAGAAAAUGCCCAUCAAAAACGUACCCGAUCACAAACGCUCCUUCCUACCCUCAGUGUCCGAGAAAAAGCGCGUCUCGCGCAUGGUGCACGCCCUGAAGAUGGGCUGGAUGAAGACCGCCGAGGAGGUGCAACGCGAAAAGCAAGCCAAACGGGGCCCCAAGUUCUACAUGCUUUGGGAGACUGACACCAGUCGGGAGCAAAUGCGCCGCAUCCACGAUCCCGUCUCUGCACCCAAACGUGACCUGCCUGGUCACGCCGAGUCCUACAAUCCACCGCCAGAGUACCUGUUCGAUGCCAAGGAGACCAAGGAGUGGCUGAAACUCAAGGAUGAGCCACACAAGCGUAAGCUGCACUUCAUGCCUCAGAAGUUCAAGUCACUGAGAGAGGUGCCCGCAUACUCCAGAUAUCUUCGCGAGCGCUUCCUCCGCUGCCUAGAUCUUUACCUGUGCCCUCGUGCCAAGCGUGUCAAGCUGAACAUCGAUGCAGAGUACCUGAUCCCAAAGCUGCCCUCGCCGCGUGACCUGCAGCCAUUCCCCACGGUGGAAAGUAUGGUUUAUCGAGGCCAUACGGAUCUGGUGCGGUCUGUUAGCGUCGAACCGAAAGGAGAGUAUCUCGUCUCUGGCUCCGAUGAUAAAACAGUCAAGAUUUGGGAAAUCGCCACAGGACGUUGCAUUCGUACUAUUGAGACCGACGAAGUGGUACGCUGUGUGGCUUGGUGCCCCAAUCCCAAGCUCUCCAUCAUCGCGGUGGCCACUGGCAAUCGACUGUUACUUGUUAAUCCUAAAGUGGGCGAUAAGGUGCUGGUGAAGAAGACCGACGAUCUGUUGGCUGAGGCGCCCAGUCAAGAUGUUAUUGAAAGUGAGCGCAUCAAGACGGCGGUACAGUGGUCAAAUGCCGAAGCUGAAGAGCAGGAGAAGGGCGUUCGGGUGGUGAUCACCCACUUCAAACCCAUCCGCCAAGUUACCUGGCAUGGACGCGGUGACUAUUUGGCUACUGUAAUGCCCGAGGGUGCUAACCGCUCAGCUUUGAUUCAUCAGCUGUCCAAGCGGCGUUCACAGAUUCCAUUCUCCAAGAGCAAGGGUCUCAUUCAGUUUGUGCUUUUCCACCCGGUGAAACCAUGCUUCUUUGUGGCGACUCAACACAACAUUCGCAUUUAUGAUUUGGUCAAACAAGAGCUGGUCAAGAAACUGUUGACCAACUCCAAGUGGAUAUCGGGCAUGUCUAUUCACCCCAAGGGUGACAAUUUGCUUGUGUCCACUUAUGACAAAAAGAUGCUCUGGUUUGAUUUGGAUCUAUCCACUAAGCCUUACCAAACCAUGCGACUCCAUCGCAAUGCUGUUCGCAGUGUGGCCUUCCAUCUCCGUUAUCCGCUCUUCGCUUCUGGCAGCGAUGACCAGGCUGUGAUCGUCUCCCACGGCAUGGUCUAUAAUGACCUGUUGCAAAACCCUCUGAUUUUUCCCCUUAAGAAGUUGCAAACACACGAGAAGCGCGAAGAGUUCGGUGUGUUGGAUGUCAAUUGGCAUCCCAUACAGCCAUGGGUCUUCUCUACAGGCGCUGACUGCACCAUCCGACUAUACACGUAAAUAAAGUCCAUAAAACUUAAGGUAGUUUUUUGGUUCUCCACAGUUUUAUGAAAUUUCUAUAGUAAAUAAAUACAUAUAUUAAU